AUUUGCUUGAAAGCUUUCGGCACCAUGGCAACCGCUAUCCGUGCAGCAGCUGGCAGCCGUUCGCUGAAGCAACUGCUUUCCGAGCUGAAAGCGAUCCGGUCGGCCGAAGACUCCGGUGCGUUUGCGCUGGCCUCGAAGUACAUCACCGACCAGUACCGGCGGUUCGAGACGACGGAACAGCAGCACUGCCGGGCGAAGGAGGAGCUGCAGUUCACGGCGGAGACGUACCGCUGCUACCUGGAGAGCUUGCGCAAGCUGAAGGACCUGAACGAAAGCUACCGCGGCAAGGGCGAACGCAGCAUCCGCGACACAGCGGAUAUGGUGGGCUUCAAGCUGCCGCACGAUCCCAAGUAGAUGGGCAGGUUGUGUUUCGGGCCUCAAACAAAAACAGUACCAGCCUGGCGUGUAAAAACGUAUAAAACGUAAGCAAAUCUACAUAUAUUAUUAUCAUUCUAAAAAUCGA